AUGGAUACGACACCGGUCUUUCAGUCCAGCUUCUCCAUCCGAUCGCUACUAUCAGUGGAUGAUAAGGUGGAUGCACCGAUUUCGAACCACUCCGGAAAUAGUUCCGAAGACGAGCCCAAGACGAUGGGCUCUAGUUCUAGUUCCAAUUCGAAGAGCAAUGCUAAGCCGGCUUUUACCUACAGUGCCCUUAUAGUAAUGGCUAUCUGGAGCAGUUCUGAAAAACGAUUGACCCUAAGUGGCAUUUGCAAGUGGAUUGCUGAUAAUUUUCCUUAUUAUCGGAGCAGGAAGAGCGUUUGGCAGAAUUCGAUACGGCACAAUUUGAGCCUCAAUCCGUUCUUUGUCCGGGUGCCGCGAGCCUUGGAUGAUCCUGGUCGUGGUCACUACUGGGCACUCGAUCCCUAUGCCGAGGAUCUGUCCAUUGGCGAGACUACUGGAAGACUGCGCCGCAGCAACUGGCCACAGAACGCCCAGAUGGGCAGGGCCAAGGUCACAGGUCACCCCUACCAGCGGUUGCCGCAGUACAAUCACAUCCACACCCAACAUUUCAAGUCUCAAGGCGUCUACUUCCCCAUACUUGACCAUCACCAAGCCGCAACGCUGCAGCACUACCAUGCAAUGGUGCACAGACAUCAGAUGAUGCAACAUCCCCAUCAGCAGCAUCCUCAAAUGCAUCCGCAGCAGCAGAAGCAUCUCUAUCCACAUCUCAACGAACAACAUUUGCAACUGCGGCAUCACCAUUUCCACUUCCACCAAGAGUAA